AACACAUGACUUGUGGCCGAUCGCUAUGCCAAAACAUACCUGAUCGCGUGUGUACCCAGACGAAAUCAAAAUACCACCUCGUAAAAGAAGACAAGAAAAUAUUUUGAUAUGGAGAAUAGGUUCUGAAAUACAUCAUAAUCUGGAACACUUCAAUGAGUUAAAAAGUACACAGCGACGAAACAUCGUUACCAUUUCAAGGCUGGUACCAAAGACGAGAGAGUUCUAAUUGGGUUUAAAUUUCUACCAUACAACGAUAAUACGUUCUACACAAAACUGCUGAUUUAUAACAUAUUUCAUAUUUUUUUUCGGAAUUCGGAUAUUUAGAUACUUUUCCUAGUGAAAUUAUGCAUUCUGUGUUGGAGAUUUGUAUAUAAUGUGCUACUCCUAAAGACGUUAGUGCUACAGUGUAAACAUGUCGGAGGAUCAGGGUAGAGAGAUUUUCGCCUACAUUCGUGAGAGGGACGAGGCCAGGAACAAUCUGAAGAAGGUCGAGGCGGAGCUGCAGGAUUACCAAUCCAGAUUGUAUGACGCCAAUAGCAAGAUCGACAGUCUCAAAAAGUCACUGGCGAACGCUCAGAAAUCUGCAGGCAGUUCCAGUCAGAAAGGAGCUCCGGCGGCUAAGGGUGCUCCAGCCCCUGCCAAGGGAAAGGGAGCAGCGGCCAAGGGAGGGGCUGACAAAGCGAAGACUAAGUCACCGCCAUCCUCAAGCACCAAUGAUACAUCUGCCCCAACUCCUCCUCCAGUAUCAGAGUUUCCAGCAGUUCGUCACCCACCGAUCCCCGGCAAAGAGAAGCUCUCUCAGAAUACAUAUGCAUAUUACAACGCCAUAGCCGAGGACUAUCCUCUAUUACCAUUGGGCAUAUUUCUGAAUGCAGAGAAGAAGUUUAACGAAGCCGACAUAAACGGGGACGGAGUAGUGGACCGAGAUGAAAUUGACAGUGUCCUGACUAAAACAGAUGCGACCAUGUUCACACCUAAACAAGUGGAGGAGAUCAUACAGGAAAUCGACAAAGACGCAACGGGCACUCUCGACUUCUGUGAAGUCCUGGCGGUUCUAGAGAAGAUGGGACGACGGAGGAACACGAAGCUACCUGCUGCUAUCAACGACAACAAAGAAAAAGUUUGUGCAAUUCAAUGAAGAUUACAAUUGUAGACAAAUACGUAGAAUAGUUCAGAGGCAUACGAGGUGUUGUGAUACGCUCAUCAGGUCUCCGUCCAUGACUCGAGUUAUCAUUUUAUUGUUGAAUUCUAAAAUGAACAAGUUGUGAGGUUGAUGUAAAACUGUUUUAGUCUGAAUUUUAUUUCCAUCUUUAAUUAUUUAUUCCUUCGAUCUAUCAAAAUUAGAACUCAUAAUGCUGAUAUAUAUUAUAUAAACUUUCAUUAUCUACACAUCUUCAGCGUUUUGUAAGAAAUGUGUGCUAAAUAGUGUAUUAUUUGUAUAUACUUGUCAAAAUGUAAAUCGAGUCAUUGUGAAGAAAUAAAAUUAUCAAAAUGAAAUGACAA